AUGAAAGCCGGUUUCUGCGAACGGGCUACCAUUCGUUGCCUCAAAUCGGUCAGAGGAAACAUGUUUGUGGUGGGAGAGAUGGAAACUGAAGCGACGGAAGGACUCGACGAACGGGAAAUGCACAAUCGUCAGGGUUCAACGAUCUGUUCCUGGACAGAAAACCGGUGCGUCGAGCGCAACUGCAAAUUUCGCCCAGAAGUCGUGCCACAUUCAAUCCAGCUGCCUUCGCAACCGAAUGCACGCCGACCUUGCAGUUGUAAACUGGUGACGAUCACCGGUGGAUCAUCUUGA